AUGGCGACGAGAUUCCACCACAAGCACUUCUCCGCAACCAAAUUCAUCAUCUUCUUCUGCCUCUCAGCAUUUCUGGGCCUCGCUCUCAUCGCUAACCUCUUCCGCGCUUCCCUCUCUUCUCACUAUAUUUCCAUCGCCACCAACUGGGCCAUCGACAACGCCCCACCCAUCGUUCUCAUUCCCAAUGUCACAACCACCACUCCUCACAACAACAACAAUGGAGGGGAUCGUAACGGUGCGAAAAAGAGGGGUCCCGAAAGGUUCCUUUCGGCCACGUUUGCGGACUUACCAGCUCCUGAAUGGCAUUGGGAGCAGUUGCCAUCGGCUCCAGUGCCUCGUUUAGAUGGCUAUUCCAUACAGAUUAAAAACAUGUUUUAUGUGUUUGCUGGAUAUGGCAAUCUUGAUCAUGUGCAUUCCCAUAUCGAUGUCUUUGAUUUUAAUAGCAACACAUGGGUAGAUCAGAUUCAAAUGCCAAAGGACAUGGCUCAUUCACAUUUGGGUGUGGCUACUGAUGGGAGGUAUAUAUACAUUGUCACUGGACAAUAUGGACCUCAAUGCAGAGGGCCUACUGCUACUGUAUUUUCACUAGACACCGCAACAAAGAAAUGGAAAAGUUUGCCGUCAUUGCCAUCCCCCAGGUAUGCUCCUGCAACUCAAUUAUGGAAGGGAAGACUCCAUGUCAUGGGUGGUAGCAAGGAGAAUCGUCAUACACCUGGAAAAGAUCAUUGGAGUCUGGCUGUGAAGGAUGGUGACGCUUUGGAGGCACAAUGGCGGGACGAAAUUCCCAUUCCACGUGGUGGACCACAUAGGGCUUGCAUUGCCAUCAAUGAUCGACUAUAUGUGAUUGGUGGACAGGAGGGUGAUUUUAUGGCGAAACCAGGUUCGCCUAUAUUCAAGUGUUCACGCAGGCAUGAGGUGGUCUACGAAGAUGUUUAUAUGCUGGAUGAAGAAAUGAAAUGGAAAACUUUGCCACCUAUGCCAAAACCAAAUUCGCAUAUAGAGUGUGCAUGGGUACUUGUCAACAAUUCAAUUAUCAUCACUGGAGGUACAACAGAAAAACACCCAGAGACAAAAAGGAUGAUGCUGGUUGGGGAGGUUUUCCAAUUUCAUUUAGACACUAUGAAAUGGUCAGUGAUUGGAAAGCUUCCUUACCGUGUGAAAACCACAUUAGCUGGUUAUUGGAAUGGAUGGCUAUACUUUACAUCAGGACAAAGGGACAGAGGACCAGAUAACCCACAACCAAAAAAGGUUGUUGGAGAUAUGUGGAGAACGAAAUUAAUUGGUUUACGCCUAGGAAAUACUGAAAUGGGGUCAAAUAUACUGUAUAGAUUUGCUUUAGGUAUAUGCACAAUGGAAUUAGGAUUUGUUAUUCUGGUUUUUGCUUACAAUAUGGGAUUUGGUAUCAUAGAGUCAAGUAGGAAUCGAUGGUGCAACCCAAGUAUUAAGAGACAAUAUGUUUGCUUGAGUGAUAUUGGUCUCUUCUGUCCAAAUGCCAACAUAACUCAGAGCAACAUAGAUCGAAGUAAAAACACUCACAUAUUGAGAUUUUUGUUAUUUCGAAAUAAAUGUUUCUGUUCUGAAACUGUUAUUAGAGUGGGUAUAAUAUUGAUAAGAGAAUAA